AAAAACACCAAAUAUUUGGUACUCACCCAUGGAUGUUAUAUCGUGAAUACUUCUUAUCCAACCAUUUACAGGAACCAGGGACAAUACCUAGGUACCUAGGUACCUAGUAUGCAGCAGGGUUGGCACGUGAUUUCGAGGUGUUCGUCGUGUGCCAGACUUUAACAACUUUAGUAAACUUAAUAAACUUAAUUGAAAGCAAACGCGAACCGAACCCAAAAAACGCGUCGACUCCUAAAAUCAUACAGGUAGGUAAACUGAUAAAGUGGUGAACUUUCGUCUUUCUACUUUCGUCUUUUUACUUGUCUCCUUCCACCUUUUUUUCUCUACAACAAAAUAUUUAAUUUGAGACAUCCACGAUCCGAGGAGCUCAAAUUAAAUGUCAAAUUCGUUGUAGACGCACCCUCCACUUUCAUUCGAAUCAAUUAAUCAACCAUCAGAGACCGUUUGUCUUACUCGAUCUAAAUUGAUAUCCACCAUGCCGCCAAAGCGUCAUCCCGCGGCGCAACCUGCGGGAGAAUCUCACUCCAAGGUUCCACGCUUCAACGAGACACCUUUUCAUACCCCUUAUAUGGGAUCGACUCUGUACAACAAUAUCCCGCAGCCUUUCAAUUUUCAAUCCCAACCUUUCAAUUUUCAGUCUCAACCUUUCAAUUUUCAAUCCCAACCCCCUCCCUCGUCUCUAGGCCACGCUAUUCGUCAACCGCCGAGAGAGUCGUGGGCUGUAGAUGAUGAAGAUGUCCCCGAGCCCAACCGGGGUGCUGAUAUCUCUUCGUAUGAGCUCUACGGAACUCUGGACAGCAAGAUUGUAGGCAUUCGAUAUUACCAAGGAGUCGUGAACGUCGGCGAGAAGGUUAUCUGCCGUCGCGAACCCACCAACCCUCAUGACCGUAAUGCCAUUCGCGUUGAUAACGUCAUGCGAACACAGAUUGGUCACAUUUCUAGAAGGGUAGCAGCAAAGAUUGCGCCGUAUGUCGACAGGGAUGAGAUCAUCCUAGAAGGCGUCAUCAUGGGUGAGAAGGGCACCUGGGAAUGUCCCGUUCGCUUGUACUUUUACGGUACUAGCGAUGCUAUGGCCCGUCUUCAGUUGGAGGAGAGGCUUAAAAAUGAUAAGCUCAUCAAGGCUACCCAGCUUAAGCGGACUAGGAACCAUGCGGAAGCUCAGAGGGAUGCCGCUAUGCGUCUACGAGCCAACGCUACUACCGUAGGCUUACCGGGCGAUGAAGGUGGGCUGCAAGGAGAUGUGCUCCAGGAUCUAUUGGUAGACAGUGAGGCUAUCGAGUUCAGGGGCGACCUCAGUUCUAUUGAUGUAUUCGCUCAGAGCGAAGAUUCUUUGUCGAAGCUACCCAAAGCACUCCAACCCAGCGCCAUCAAGUCCAAGCUACUACCUUACCAACUUCAAGGACUAGCUUGGAUGAUCGCCAAGGAGAAUCCACAACCUCCGGCCCUUGGAUCAAAGAACGUUGUCCAACUUUGGAAGCGAACUGGACGUGGAAAUUUCAUUAAUCUGGCCUCCAACCACAUCACGCAGAACCCGCCGAAAUUGGCAUCGGGUGGUGUCCUUGCCGAUGACAUGGGCCUGGGAAAGACUCUACAGAUCAUUAGUCUGAUAAUGUCAAGUGUUAACGAGGGCCCAACUCUGAUCGUUGCUCCCCUUGGUGUGAUGAGCAACUGGGAGCAGCAGAUCUGGCAUCACGUCAAAGACGUUGACACCCCCACCAUCUUCAAAUACCACAAGCCCGGUUCCUACUCAGGUAGCGACUUGGAGAGAUUCAACAUUGUUGUUACUACCUACGACAAGGUGCGCAGCGAUCAAGUCAAGAAUGGUCCAUUAUUCUCUGUAAAUUGGAGACGUAUCAUCCUGGACGAAGCACAUGCUAUCCGAAACUAUUCGACCGCCAGGGCUAAAGCUGUGUUCGAUUUAAAGGCUGAGUCCCGUUGGAUGUUGAGCGGUACACCGAUCGUUAACUCACCCAAAGACUUCCUAUCUGCGCUGAAGUUCCUUCAGAUAACUGGGGGUAUUGAAGAAGCUAGGUUCUUUCUUCAGCUGAUAGAUAAGCCUUUGUCUAACGGUCCGAGGGGUCAGGAUGACAAGCACUACAAGUUUGCCACGAAGUUGUUCCAGUUGUUGACAACAGAUCUGUGCCUUCGCCGUAGAAAGGACAUGAAGUUCGUUGAUCUGAAGUUGCCCCCCAAGACGGAAUACCUGUAUCGCAUCAAGUUCCGACAAGAUGAGAAGGACAUGUAUGGGUCUCUGCUUACUGAAACCACUGAAAUGCUGGAGCAGUAUCGGCACAGAAAUGAGCGAGGAGGGGGAGCCGAGAUUGGAUUCACGAGCGUGCUGGAGAAGCUUCUGCGCCUUAGACAAAUGUGUUGCCAUUGGACCUUGUGCGGAGGUCAGGUAAAAGACAUCUUGAGACCUCUCGAGGGGCAGAAAGUCGUCUCUUUCACUCGAGAGAAUCUUAAGAUUCUCCAACAGGCUCUCCUUGUUGCCAACAAUGAAGGAGAAGAGUGCCCGAUCUGUACUGAUGCGAUUAGUAUGCACGACCCCAUCAUCACGGCGUGUAAACAUCGGUUCGGUAGAGCCUGCAUCCUGGAGGCGUUCAAGCAUAACUCCAGAUGCCCGAUGUGCCGUCAGCGCCUAGCGCAGGACUCAAUUGUCGGCCUCGAACCAGUGGACUUGGAGGACAAAUUCGACGGAGAUACGCGAAGCUCGAAGACGGAGGCGCUGGAGAAGAUUCUAAACGCAAAGCUCAAGGACCCGAAGUCCAAAAUUGUCGUCUUCUCGCAGUGGACCUCGUUCCUCAGUAUCAUCGCAAAGCUGUUGGAUGAGAGCGGCCACAAGUACUGCCGCCUCGAGGGCUCAAUGACCAUCGCCAGACGCGAUGAGUCGAUCGAAGCAUUGAACGAUGACCCAGACACUCGAAUCAUGCUUGCUAGUUUGGCUGCGAGCGGCGUUGGUCUGAACUUGGUGGCUGCUGAUACGGUCAUCCUCGUGGAUUCCUGGUGGGCACCAGCCAUAGAAGACCAAGCUAUCGAUCGCGUUCAUCGACUCGGACAGACUCGCCCGACUACGGUCUGGAAGCUGGUGAUGGACGGCACCAUCGAAGAGCGCGUGCUUAGCAUCCAAAGUAAGAAGCGAAGGUUUGCGAACCUAGCCCUGAAUGACAAAGUGAGAGAGCAGAAGGAGACUAGUCAUCUAGAGGACGUCAUGCAAUUGCUUUCCUAAGUCUGGGGUCGAUGUCCUCGUCUGGGAGAUUUGAUUGGCCUGGAUGGGUUAUCUGAAUGGAUUUGCUGGCUAAUCCAGAUGAGAUGGCGUAUGGACAUGGAAUGGAAAAUGAACGGGAAUGAAUGGGAAAUGAAUGGGGAAUGAAUGGGAUACACAGGUGGUUGCUGCGAAGCAUGCUUGCCGUCACUUCGGCUACUACGUACUAGGAUCGGUGUCUUGCUAUACCUCAGUGAGUUAUGAAUUGCAGUCCUUUUGCUGAAGGCUUUGGUGAAUACCACGUGCAUUAAGGGAUCAUAUCCAUCCCUUGUGAUCCAUUGUGAACUUCCUAGGACCUUUAGAUGAGGCUGAACUACGCUUAGAAUCAGCAAACUUCGUGAACUGGAUUUCCCCCGCACGAUGUCCUAUCACGAUUUUUUUUCGACUUCUUCAUCUAGCGUCUUGGGAUAUGGACAAUAGCAACGUAGCAUAAGUGGAAAUGAUCACUUGCUCCAUCCAUCGCGUUGUUCGUCGAGCAGCUCUGGUGAUAUGAGUUGAAUGCGGAGAUGAAUACGAGGUCGCCCGCAUAUCCCGAACCACGUCUUUCCUUCUACGUCAUUCCAUAUAAUAGUC